AAGGAAGUGGCACAAAGGCUGACGUGCUGUUUAGGCCAUGUUUAGGAAGGUUUAGGCCAUUCCUGCAUCUUUCCUUUUGACAAUGGAAGUCAUGUGAAAUCUCGAAUCUAGGCCUGCAUCUACCUCAUCGCUCGUCCCAAAAUUUCCUGCGGAAAAUUUGAAGGUGCACCAUGAGUGAAAACAAGGAGGGAGACCCUGUAGAUGGUGGGGAAAGCAGUGAUCGAAGCUUGUCCGACAGCUGGACUGUCCUUGAUUCAAGUCAUUUUAAAGAUGAUGGUGACUUGAGUGAUGCAGAAUCAGUUGAAGUUUUGGCAAGUGAAGAACUGCUAGUUGAUGACAUCUCUGACCAGGAGAAAAGCCGUGAACGGUUCACAUCAGAUGCUCUGGCUGCACUAAUUUCUGACAGCUGUAGCAUAAGCAGCACUGCUACUGUUGUUGCAUCAGUGGAUGCAACAACAGCUGUCACUGAAGCAGAAGAGGUCAUCGCCCCACCAACAGAAGUUAGUGGUGCGCCAACAGAAGACAGAGAAAAUGAAAGCAUUGAAACUGGCACAAAGCCAAUCUCCCUGAGGAAGCUCUUGAAGGAUAUAACAGCUAAAGCCUUUGGACAAGACCUUGCUAGAUUGUGCUUUGAAGUCUGUAUUUACACUCUUAUCAUUGAUUUGGUCUUCUUGGCAUGCUUUGGAUUAUCUUCACUGUCAUGUAUCUUGGACCAGUCCAACUUUUCUCUCAUGAAGAACACAAAAUCUUAUGAGCGAUAUCAACUGGACCCUUUAUCACUGCAGUUAAGCCACGUCCUUGCUGAAUGGAAGAAACGCCCCCUAGAAGAUCACAAUCUUGAUCGCCACCUGCUCAAGACUAUGCUUUUGUACUAUGGUGGGAGCACUGAACUAUCUGCCAACCUGUUUGCUCUGACGGAGAAAGUUCAAAAGCACAACGAAAUCAUCAAGCAAUUCAGCAAGAAACAAGAUAUGAAAGACGUACAGCAUCAGCAAAUGAUAGUAUCUGGACACUUGGCUCAUUCAAUUGCAUGUAUUCUUGGGAAACAAGAUAAUGAUAAAUCUAUUCCUGUGGACCUGUUUACAACUUUAAGCAAUGGCACAGAUGAGAUUGAUGCAUUUGCUCCGGAGCCUGGCUUCUGGCUUAAUGAUUGGCACCUUCCUCAGUACUUAAAAGCCAAUGAAACGUUUUAUCGAGUUGAUACCAAACCUGUCUUGCCACCAAUGCGUAAUUUGUUCCUCCACCUUGGCUCAGCCAAGUGGAAUCAGUAUUUCUGGAAGUUGUAUCACCAGGAUGAGAAAGAUGAAAGUGCAAACAAAGCAAAGACCAGGGGGAAAGUGAGUGCUGAAGAGGUUACCAGGAAGGUUUCUGAUGACUUGGAGGGAGAGGAAACAGAAAGAUCUCCUUUGGAUGAUGCUCAUGUCGGAGACUUUAUUUCAAUUGAGGAGUCAUCUGGCAAUAUUGAUUUAGUACCAGAAACGCCUGAUGAUGAUGAAAAUGAUCCAAUAUACCCACUUUUUGUGAACAGUUUGGUUGAAACGGUAGAUGAAGAUGUAGAUGAGGAUGACUCAGAUUACAAGUUUGAAGACUUUGGAGGCUACUUUGAGGUACUCGACCGCAACAAAUAUUUUGGCAAUGACAUAAACUACCAUAGUAGGUAUGAAUGCUCAGAUGAAAGCUGUCGGCAGUUUCAAAAAAUAAAUGCUGAGAAAAUUGAACGGGUUGAUGACUCUAUUAAAAGCAAAUUAAGUGAGCUGUUUGAUGAGAAUGCCUUAGGUGGACAACAGAAAGCAGAGGCGUUUGAAGUUCAGUCGGAAGAAUUUUCUCUCAACGAGCCUCAGGUAGACAAGAAACCCAAAGCCAAAGCCGGUAAAAGGAAGUAUUCCCGCUCUAACCCAGAUGGUUCUAAAGGAAAAAGCAAACAAAAGAAGAAGGAUAAGCGAAAAUCCAGUUCAGAAGAUAAUGGUUUGGAACGUAAAAAGAAAUUAAAGGUGAAAGACAAUAAGAAAAAAUCUGCAGGGGGUGAACUGCACUACUAUAAUUUAGAUGAUAAAGUUCUGAUGAAGAAACGGUACAUUUUGGAAAGCGAUGGGGACUGGAGUACUCGCAUGGCUCUUAAUAGAGAAAAGUUAAGGGCUCUUGGUGAAAAAAGUAAUGAUCAAAUAUUGAUGAAAGAUAAUGAAAAAAAAUCUGGAGGGAGUGAUUUGCACUACUAUAAUUUGGAUGAUAAAGUCUUGAUGAAAAAAAGCUAUAAUAUGGAAAGUUACGGGGACUGGAGUACACGCAUGGCUCUAAACAGAGAGAAGUUAAGAGCCCUCAGUGAAAAAGGGAAUGAUCAGAUAUGGGUGUUUGAACGUGCAAGGGCACGACGUGAUAUGCGAGAGGAGACAUUUACAGAGUGAUUGUAUUCCAUAUAAUUUGCUUUCUUAUGUUGUAGAGAUCUGACCUGUAGAGAUUUUUUUCCUAAAUCCUUCAUUGUGACUUGAAAAUGUUUCCCCUCGUCAAAGAACUUUGAGUGAAGUGAACUUAAAAUGUUCUUAGGUUACUUGAGAGGAAAAAAUAUCAGUAGACUGGGACAAGGUCUGAGUCAUCAAUUUGUGAUUUCCUUUUGUGAUUUUUGUUUAUUGUUUGUCUAUGGUUGUCCUGCUCAUGAAGCUCGUCGUAAUUGUACACAAGUAUUUAAGUUGAUGACAUUUGGUUAGAUGUAUGUAUUAACCUAAUUUAUUAAUUGCUCUCUCGUUUUUGAAAGGCAAUAUUCAAUCCAUUUUUAUUUUACUUUCUUCACACCAUUUUCGUUUGAAAUGUGUAUGUUUCAUUUUGUCUCCUGUUAAUUGUAUUACUGUGUGAUUUUGUUCCCUCAUGUACCUGUUGUCUUACUUUAAUUAUUUCUUAACUCGGUGUGAUCCAACCCAGUUAGUUUGUGGAUUAUAUAUGAUAGGGGAUGAAAGCAAGUUUACACGCACUGAGCUGGUCAUGAUUUAGACAUAAUGCGGACUUUGCUGAUCAUAAUCAGCACCAGUAAAAUUGUUUAAAAUCCAACGUAGAUGUAAGUCUUACUUGUUUGACAGUGUAGGUUCUUUGAUUGUUUACUUUUUACUGUAGUGACAUUAUCUUUUCCUUUUUAGUUUGUUUCUUGAGCUCAUCUAUAAUCUAUGAAGAAGUCCGUCCUUAGCCUAUUGUAACAUCCUGAGGUAUGGGUCUAGUUGAUUGAGCAAACCCUUAUUAUUAUUUUUUUUGAAUGGUCCAUAGUUUUAAAUUCUUGUCUUCAUUUGUUGUUGUAAAUUAACUCACGAGCAUGUCAUUUAAUUUUGUCUUAAUACUACUUGAUUAGUUUUGUGUGUAUCUCUCAUAUUAUGUUGAUUGAUUAGUAUUUAUUAAUCUGAUUGUGAGGCACAAAAAAUGCCCACUGUCCCUAAAGCUGAGGAGUGCCAAGUUACGUUAGGAGCACAGGAUUUAUGACUUAUGUCAUACAUGUGCUUUUGUUUAGUAUAGUUUCUGUAAAAUUAGAUUCAAUAUUUACUGUUUGCAAAAGUUUUUCCUUAAUAAUUUCUGUAGAUUGCCAUGUUAUUACCUGUGCAUAUUAAUGAUCAUAGUGGAGAUUGACACAUUAGAGUUUCACUAAUUUAUCUAUACAUGCUUUUUUAGUAGUUCUGUGUUAAGAAUUUAUUGAAGUUACUGUGUAGUGUAAUUUAAACCGAAAUUCAGCAAAGUUGAUCUUCCUCCUGCUCCAUGAUGGAGUUUUUCUCAGAUUAUGCUGUAAUUCAAUAUCAAAUUAAACUUUUAUGCCAUGUGGCUUUUGCUUGCUAGUGUUUCUGUGCCAAAAGGUGCCCUUUGGACCAAUAGAUCUUUCACGUUUUAUCUAUAGACAGCUCUCUGCAGCAAUGUGUUGACCAAUAUUUGAUAUAACUUCUAUCCAAGUAUUGAUCAUUUAGUUUUUGACAGGUUCUGAAUUUCUUCAUUUGAUUAUCAGUCCACAAGAAUCUUAAUUUUUGUACUAAAAUAAAUAGCUUGUGCUUUUUUUUUGUAAAACCACAAUACCGAUCAUUGUAUGCAGCUUACAUCCACACUCCAUAACGUAACCUGGGAUUCUAGUUGCUUCAACGUACUUCAUUUGUUAGAAUAAAUAUACUGUGUAGGAAGAGGAAAAAAGUCAAAGAACCUUUCAUUUUAUUUUGCAAAAAUAAAGCGAUUAAGACCUUAAUAAA